GGGGUGUGAAUGUGCGUUUCACCCAGGAACCUUCUAAUCCAAGCUACUUCAACAAUGGUAGUGAUGCCAACCUAGUUUGGGACUACACUGAUCCACAUAAUAACGUUCAGAGCAUUAUCUAUAGUGUUUUUGUAGGUGGUACAUUUGUCAGAAUGAUGGUUAAUGAUAGUCGUGGUGUCCGAGAACAUCCUGACAUUCCUCCAUCUUACAAAGGAAGAGUUAAAAUUGAAGGAAGAGCAACCCUGGUUAUCAAGAACAUCAAUGUUAGAGACAAUACCAAAUUUAAAUGUGGUGUGUAUGGAACCUUUCUCAACUCAUUGGAAAGUACAGUGGAACUUAUUUUGGCAGGUAUUUAUUACAGAUAUAAUGAUGAACAAUCAAACAUAAAUCAAAUGCAUUCAACUCAUGUCUCUCCUCUGAUCUGAGGAAAGUAAACAUUAUAGCAAAGUGAUAGUUAAUGAAAGUGGUCAGGUGUCUAAGAUCAUCCUAAAAUUCCUCUAUGUUACAAAGGAAGAGUUAAAAUUGAAGGAAGAGCUACCCUGGUUAUCAAGAACAUCAACCCUUGAGACAAUAGCACAUUUCAAUGUGAAUUGUUUGGAGAGUUUCUCUACUCAGUAGUAUGUACUGUUUGGCCUAUUGUGGCAGGUACGUAUUGCAGACAUGACCACUAAUAAUCAAACAUAAAUCAAAUGCAUUCAACUCAUGUCUCUCACAUUUCUGAGAUCUAGAGAAAGUAAACAAUAGCAUACAUUUGCACAAACCGUUAUCUGCAGGGCUGAAAGUGGCUAGCUAACCCGACUUUUGAGAACAAUAGUCUUGGUUUUACUUGGCAUGAGACACCACACUCCUAAAAGGAGAAAAGAAAUUCUACCAUUUACUUGGCUGUUUUUCAUUACUAAGAAAUCAAAGAGUUAUCAAAGAGUCAUUGGGUUGCUCUGGUAUGCAUAGAUGACUAUGAAUUGUAACUUCUUCAGUUACAUUCAUUAAAUCUGUAAACCAGAGUAGCAUCAAGCUAUGUCUGAUUGUCCACCUGGUUGCUGUGUGAACUUUAAUAUACUUCUUUCUGAGUGUUUCACCUUUCAUUAAAUCAAAUACAGUAUUUCAAAUGUCUUAAGAACAUUUAGUAAAUGAAAAUGAGAGUGUUAUUAAGUUUGUAACUUCUUGGUCAUUUGACUGUGAUCCAAAGUCGAAAACAUUUGUGACUGGAUAUCUCAAUGCUCAUGUACAAUUUACCUGAUUGUUCGCUUGAAGGAUUAUAUGACACUUGUUGUGAAGAAUCCAAAUGAACUCACUGUUUGCUACAUUCACUUGCUUGUUCCUUUAUGACUUGUGAAUAAAAAUUGUUUGUGCUCACAUUAGCCAUUACAUGAUCUUCUUUUUUUCAUUGUCUCUGUACUCCGUUGGGACCAUGUAACUUUCUACAUCGUAAUAUUUCAAUUAUGCAUUUUUAAAUGCUAAGUUCUGUUGGCUUAUUUUAACUGUAAUGCAAUACCUGUCACACUACUUCUCUUUCCUAAUUGUAUUUUGAUAAAAAGAUGCCAGGUUAGUAUGGCUUAAAAGGGGCAAGAUGAAUCAUCAUUGGCAUUUGGUUCAAGUAGCUCAAAGCCAAUCCAUGUCUCAUAUUCCACUUGUAGUAAAAAUCAAGGGCCAUACAUCUUGUUUUUAUAUUUUGUUUUGUUUUUACCAUAAGAUGGCAAUUCUUAUUCAUGCAUCACUACUGUCUUAAUUUGUAACAGAUUUUCCAAAUUUUUUGGAUGGUUCUUCUUUUUUCUUAGAUGGUUCACCUCCCACUUUGGCUUAUACCUUCUCUUUUAGUGACCGGUGGGAUACUUGGCUUGAGCUAGAGUUAGAGCUGGGGGGUGAAAAUUGUCUUUUUGGUUUUUUGUUUCAUCAGUAGGUUUCUCUAUUUCCUCAUCCUUAGCUGUUUCCUGUCCCAGGUUCCAAGAUCAAGUGACUCUAAAUAGAGAAGGAAAAAUGUGUAUUUGUGAACAACUUUAAUUUAAAUCAAACUAUUUUGGGGGCUUUUUGGUGUAACACAACAGCUCAGUUUCAUUUAUUUUUGGGACAUAAUGCAUUCUCGAAGCCUGCUUAUAAAUUUUAAAUAUUUCAGCCCAUAGAGGUGACCCCUAAUUUGAUGUUUUCACUGCUUAUUCUGAAAGAUUCUAGCCAGUUAUGAUGUCUAUUAUGGACUCAAAAAAUCCCAUAGCUCCAUUUAAUUCUAAAAAUCCAAGGAGGAGGUGGCUGUUUUCACACAUUUAGAAGGCCUAAUUCCUAAUAAUGGUGCUCCAACUGAAUGCAGCUUGUGAUAUGUAGCACUGAGAGCGUUUACCUUAAUCAUAUUAUAUCUUAUUGAAAGGCUGUUGUAUCCUUAAGCUAUAAUUUCAUUGCACUUACAUAUGAUGAAACAUGUUCUGCUAUGUAACUCUCGAUCGUAAGGCUCUAAUGUACCUAACAGAUUUUUGGGGAUUCUUCAAGAGCUAGCACCUCUAAGUCUUGAGUAUAGGCCGUUAUAAAUCUAAACAAAGUACAUAGAAUUCUAUAAUAGUUUUUGCUUAUUCCAUAAUUCCUUGCAAGAUUUUGUAAUAUUGUUUACGGGAUGACAAGCUACAGUAUUGUUAAGAAACUGUAGAUCAAGUUCAUGUACACUUACGCAAAUGAUAUCUUUGUUACAACUUCAGUUCGAAGCUCUCCAAAUUGGUGGCUCUUAAAAUCUAAAAAAAAGUUUAAUAGGGCCUAUCAUAGUUAAGGGGGAAGAUGGAAAUAUUUUAAGACACACAAGUAGUAUUAUCCACCUUUAGAUCAAGGAACUUUUCAAACAAGCCACUCCAUUCUUAAGGAAACCACAUACAGUUUCCUCAACCUUUAAUACUUGCACAUACUAGCACUCAGUACUAUUAAAAAUCAAGGUUUUACUUCUGCCAUUAAAUUAGAUUUUCCUCCUUUCACCAAUACUCUCUCAGCUACUCUGGCUAGCAAGGUCUUUUUUGCAUUCAUCCUUAAACCUUUAGUUUGCAACAAGGAUAUUACUUCCAGUACAAAGAUGAAUCAAGUGGUGUUUUUGGUGUCACCUCUCCACUUUCUGCCUCUUAACAACUUCUUUCCUGUCAUCUCCUGUAGUUUCUCAGAGCUCUGAUGAAAUGAUGCUGCUUCAUUACAAAUAUAGACAGAUGUAGCAUAUAAAUAUAGAGAGAUUGAGGAUGUUUAAAUUGUUGAGUGAUAACCUCUCUGUUGGGAAGGAACAACACAUUUAAUUAUAUUAGUUAUAGGACAAAUCGUAAACAGUGGUCUCCAUACAGUCCAUUCUGAAUGCAGGGAAGUAAUUCGUUUUCUUUGCGUUUGAUUUGGGCUUAAGAACGUUUUAUUUGUGGGUAUAAUUCUUCAAAAUGCAGAGAAAAAGAAACUCCACUCUGCGAACUCCUUUAGCAGAACAGUCGUAAUGAGGAAUCAAAUUUUCUAAUGUUUGGUAAAAGUACAAUUAGUACAAGGAGAUGAGUAAGUUCUUCUUUUAAGGUUAACUUGUACUGAAUGAAGUUUGACCCUCCUUAUACUAGUUGGUUGUCGGGGACCAAUUGUUCAAUGCCUUUGUUUAUUUUAUUGAAAUUGGACAAACUCUAAGACUCAGUCCAAGUAAGAUUUGCUACGCCACAUGAGGAGUGAUUUAUAGUCUCUGUUACCUUUCAGAGCCACCACUUAUAAACCUCUCUUUAGGAAGAAAAUAUUACAUCGAAGGCUCCCCUGUCACCAUAGCCUGUAGAGCUUCUGGGAAACCACUUCCGGAUGUAGCAUGGAUUAGAAAUGGAGUACUGCUGAAGAAAGCUGCGUUUUUAAAGUUCGAUAAUAUAAGCAGAACAGACGCAGGACGAUAUACAUGUCGAGCCAAUAACUCAGUGCAAGUCACUUCUAUUGACACAACAAUUUCAGUUCACUGUAAGUAUAUUUUAACCUCAAUUUUCGAUUUUUUAAUUUACUUUAUUAUUUAUAGGGCGCCUUCUGUUAUUAAGGUCAGUGACACGAUACUGACGAAUCUGUUCAAAAGUGUAAGGAAACAGAAUUCCUUCUCAAAUCCUUUUCGGGUUUAUAUGCAUUGGUCUCAGGUACCCAAAAUUCACUCCGUGUGACUAGCACACAGGGCUAGCGCAUAUUCUGACUGUCAGCUGACAAAUUACAUUCAUGUUUUACUGAAAGCUGAGAUCAGCUGAUAGAUGCAAAUAUUGGCUGAAACUAAAACUGCCUGCUUAAGAUUUAAGAUUUAAAGGAAUUUCAGACCUACUUCUAUUUUUCAAGUCAAGAAAUGUUCUUAUACCUAUUAACGUAAGGGAAUACUUGCGUACCUUGGCCUCGUUAUCAUGCUCGUAAGUUUGACAUUAAUAAUGAUAACUUAAUCUACGGACAUAAUCAGGAUCAUUGUACAUGUAGGAAAUCGUAUUCCAUCACAAAUACUGAACUAUUGAACUUGCCGCUCCAUAACAGGCAAAAAUUAAUGAAAUAUCCCUCAGUAUUCUGCUAUUAUCUAUGAAAGAGUUGUACAAUCUGCAGUUUCGGCCAAUUGUUUGCUUAUUCAGCUUAAAGCAAUGAGAGAAAUAUCAUUUUCGCCCAAUUUCAAGCAUGGUUUGACAUGAAAAAGAGGCUCACUCUGGUAACCACUGUUUGCUACCAUUUCUUAUGUUCUUCCGAUUAUAUCUUUAGCUCUUAAUGGCAGAAGGCCAGCCAUACUCACCAUCUGCAAAUUACGUCACAUGACCAAGCAUGUGACCUCCAAGGGGCCUAAAUCCGCCUUCCUGCCUAAAAUGAAAUCAUAUUUAUGUUGUCUUUCCAAAUCUUGUAUUUACACCACCUUUUUCCUCAGAGCAAUACUUAUUGCAACUAAAAGCACGAGCCUAUAACUUAUUUUGGUCUGUUUAGCUUUCAAGUGACUCAUCUCCAAUGUUAAUAGACAGAAAGUUAACCUUUUAAACAUGGACACCUUAUAUGUUAGCUAUUUUACAGUUCCUCUCAAAGCUACUCUCUUCAUUGUUUUCUUCUGAGUCACUGAUGCAGGUCAGACCAUGGCGGUUACUACAUGCUUCAUCGUCUGCCAUGCGGAAGCACACUUCUGUGCAAGCAAGUCCUGUGUUGCUACAGGAGCAAUUUGCUGGUAGGCAGAUAUCUUGCGCGUCAUCAGCUUAAGAAGGCUAACUGGUGCUGGUGCUUUUGUGAUUGGCAGUAGUACGAGAAGUUCCCCGUCCAACACCCACCCAUGACCCUCUGGUGAUCUAAGAUCCUGCAUAGCUUCAAGAGCAUGACUCCAACCGAAUGCUUGGUAGUUGAAUGCUCCAGAUGUUGACGUAGACAAUCGGUUGUGGGUGGAAGCAUUUAUUUUUUUUGCUUAUUCUGGCAGAACAUGAGAGAACACAAAUUAACUGUAAUGCUUAUCUUUUUGGUGAUCAUGUAUAAGCUGCAAACAUAGGCUUCUCUAUUGCCAGGUCUGCUGAGAGCAGCCAAAAGGUAAUCGCACAAGUUUAUCGAGUGUCAAAAAUUCAACAUUCACGUUGAAAAAUUGAUCUUGACGCAACAAAAUGAUCUUGACGCAACAAAUGUCGAUAGCUACAAAUUUAAGUUGCCGGCAACGAAAUUAGAAAUCAAUGAUAAAAAUAAAACAUGCUGAACUAUAUAAUUCGAGCCAUGCCUUGUUUUUUGGGUUGGUACUGGAGUGACAGGACCUCCG